GCCUUCCUCCUCCCAAGCCUCUCUCUCCCUCCUCUCUCUGUAGUCUCCACGCGCGCAGUCACAGUCAUUCAAGCAGUGGCAUCCAAAUCAACCCAUUUAUCACUUCCCCAAUUUCAUCUCCUUUUCACCUUCACCUCUAUUUUUUUAUGGAAACACAGUAACUCUCACUUCAGGUCUGUCAUUUUCACCAUUAUUACUGCUUCAAUUUCUUUUAUUUUCAUCUCUUACACAACUUUGCUAUCUUUUCAUCUUAUUAUUACCACCGAUGAUUCAUGUUAAUGCCUCGUCUGCAAAAUGAAUAAACCUCGGCACAUUCACUUGUCCGAAUUCACACCCAAUUUCAACUCCUAGUUUGUUAUGCAUGGACAGUAUGGAGGGAAUAAGGACCAUGAACCCUUGGCCUAAUGCAAAUUAUCUGAAUCAAUCAAAUGAUGUUGCUCUCAGCCUGGAUGAACAGCUCUACCAUAAUAUUCACCUUGAGAUACAAAUGCUGCGGGAGAGUUACUCAUCAGAAGUAGAGAUUAUACAUAAGAUGGUCAAAGAUCCAUGCCCCAAGGCCCUCAGUGGGGCAUCUUUAACGAGACAUCAGAAAAAAUUGGGUGUUGCAAGAAUGAUUACAAGGGUUCUGUCCAGUAGGGAAGCUGACUUAGCCCGUUACUCCAAGGAUAAAGUUAGGCAACGUCUGAAUACAAUCAAGUGGCAUCUUGAAGCAAUCAGGAGCAAGAGGCUUGGUUCUAUGAGCCAUCAUGAACAUCAUCCACCUGCUGAUCAUUUUAAAUCUCACUCACAGAAAAAUGAUAACAUGGAGAUGAUAUCUAGUCAGAUGGAUCAAGGCUUGACAAACCAACAUGCAUCUUUGCCACAAUCAUCAAUACAGCAAGGGUUUUCGGUUUCACGUGAAAAUUCGAUAAAUUCACUUUGCAAUGACAAGUUGGUGGGAUAUGCUUUGUCUUCGUUCCAGAACAGUCCUAAAAGCUUCAAACAGCAGUCUCCUACUAAUUAUGCAGAACAGAUAACCAUGUUGGAUUCACCCAAUAUAGAAUGUCAGUUUGGCGUGGAGAAAGGAAGUCAGAGUCUAUUGCACCAUGGUUUAAGGAAAUCUCUACACAAACAGAAUCUGUACUCACAACAGAACCCAUUGCCAAGUAACAUUGCCAGUUCCUUAGUACCAACCAUGAGCAGAGUUCUUACAAGUUCUGUUAAUUAUUCUCAUGCUGUCAAACAAAAAGCAAAAAACCAAAUAAUGAAUCUCGAGAAAAUGAAGCAACCAGUACAGAAAUCACGGAUUGAGAAGAAAAUGCAACAGAUGGUAGUGCAAAAGGAAUACGGUCUUGAGCAUCACAAACUAUGCAUCCAAUCUGCCGGAUAUUCCCCUCAGAUAUUGACAUCUUCCUUACCAUCCACUGAUCAUGAGAACCAAUCUUUUUGCACAGAAAAUACAAUACACCUUCAAAGACCCGUUGUACCAGUUGAACAGUCCCAAACAUCACGCAGGAAAUAUGCCCCUGCUGGAAGCUCCCAAGAUACAGGAGCUCCUUUGUCCAUAGAGUUCGAUACUCAAGAAAUUAGCCUACAGCCGCAACCUGUUAAGCGCUUGAUCAAAGUGGUUGAAUCAAUGUCUACCGAGGCAUUAUGCGCCUCGUUACAAGAAUUUAAUGCAGUAAUCAAUUUGGUCGAUAACAAUGGUACUGGAUCAGGAUAUCCGAUACUAGAAAGAAAUAUCAUCUCAAGUGAUAUCCCUUCACAUGAUAAAGUGAAUCGGCAAAUAAGUGCAAUGGCCUUUAAUUCUUUAUCAAGUUUCAGCAGAGGGACAUUUUCAAAAAGGGGGUGCAACCAGGCGGCUGACAUGAUUUUAACUCCGACUUAUAGGAUUAAGAAGCUAAAGAUGGAGCAAAAUAGAGAUAUAUUUGGGGAGAUCAGAGCAAUAAACCUGCAGCUAAUUGAAACCUCGUUAGAUGUGGACUUUGGCUUGCCUGAAGAUGCUGCUAGAGCUGGAGUUGGUGAUGGAACAAUUAUUAGGUGUUCAUAUAAUGCCGUGGGCACUCUUGCUAAAUCCUUAAGAAUGCAAUAUGCGUCCUCGCCAACAUUGCCGGACUUUAUCAUGCUAUGGCUUGUUCCUGCUGAUUAUCCUCACUCUUCACCUAUGCUAUUAGACACAAUGCCUGGCCAGUGGAGUGAAGUUUAUAAAGAUAUGUCAGAGAAGUUAGUUUUGAAACUUAAUCAGUCGAUUCAAACACUCUCACACCCAAUUUCGCUGGAAGAGAUGGUUAGAAACUGGGACGCUUCAGCACGUGCAGUUUUUACCGAGUUUGCAGAGGAAAGAGUAGGAAAAUCGCUGGGCUCAAAUUUAAGAACGUGGGAAAAUUACAUAACUACUCUAUGAUUAUUCUGCCAAAUCCUAGUCUUUUAUUAGCUUUCAUAACAAUAGCCAAAUUUAAAAUAUAGGAUUGCAAUACAUUACUAAAUUCGUGCCGCAGCUUUGCUCUCAACAUCGCAUCUUUUCAAACACUCCAAAUGCGGUUCUUUCUUCUUCUUUUUUGUGACAGAAGAAAAAAGUGGUGUUU